ACGCAAUCAGGAAGCCUCGUUUUUAUGUUGAGCAAUACUGUUGUUUGACAGUGGAGGAGAGAAGGAUUUCGUUGCGAGGUUUUAUCUAUAGCUUUCCACCGUUGUAUAGUUUUAGUUUUCGUUGGGUGUCUUGGCUGUUGGUGUUUACAAGCCGUUCGCAUCGGAAUGGCAGACUCGACCGCCACAUAUCAGCAGCUGUCCAAUGAAGAGGACCCAGAAGAGAGUCCACAGGCAGCAGCCAGUGCUCCACCUCCUUAUAGCAGCAUCACAGCAGACAAUGCUGCCUUCUUUGACUAUAAGGAAGAUGGGGUUUUCCCCAUGCCUCCAUCAUACAACGUAGCGACUACACUACCUUCCUAUGACGAAGCAGAAAGAACCAAAGCUGAGACUACUGCUCCCCUGGUAACUGGAAGAGAUGAAGACUGUGUGACCAGAGAAGACUCUGAGGAUGCUGGUCGGCUGACAAUAGGAAAUGAUGGCAUCUUCAUGCUCACUUUCUUCAUGGCAUUCUUGUUCAACUGGAUCGGUUUCUUCCUGUCUUUCUGUCUGACCACCUCAGCAGCCGGCCGCUACGGGGCCAUCUCAGGCUUUGGCCUCUCCCUCAUCAAAUGGAUCCUCAUUGUCCGGUUCUCCACGUACUUCCCUGGUUACUUUGAUGGACAGUUCUGGCUGUGGUGGGUGUUCCUGGUGUUUGGAGUCAUCCUCUUCCUCCGAGGAUUCAUCAACUAUUUCAGAAUCCGCAAGAUGGCUGACACCUUCUCCACCCUGCCCCGCACACAAGUCCUCUUCAUUUACUGAGCCCACAAACCCUCGGUUUCUGUCAUCAUUUUUUCUUUUUCACUGAGGAGAAAAGAGGAGAAAGGAGCCCCCCCUGCUUCACAUGUUUUGGGAAAUGUAACAUUUAUUGUCCCCUUCUAAUGUAAAAUGGUGAAUGCUGAGAAAACUGUAAACCUUUCAGUUGGUGGUGUUGAACUGUCAAGUGCUACUUGUGAUCAUGAAGUGUGUGUGAUGUAUAUAAAUGAACGCCUUAUUUACCAGUUUUCUAUCUGUUGGUCACAGCAGCAUGCACUGUCCUCAGGUCUAGCCACCAGGGGACAGUCUUGUGACAUUUCUCUACAAGUCUUCUAUCUGAUGAAGUCAUUUGUGUAGAAAAAUGUGCUUCUCAGCCCGGGGUCAGUAGGUAAUUUUGGGGUUAUGUGAAAUAAUUUUCAAGCAGCAGGUUAAUGUGCUUUUAACACUUCUGAACUAUUCUCUUCCUUGUGAAAUAGGUUAUAAUUCAGGUAAUGUAAGGUGGAGAAGGGAAAAUCAGGGGCUGGGUUUCCACCCCAAAGUAGUUUUUCCUAAUGUGUUUAAGAUUUGUCUAAGCGCUCAUUGCAAUCAGGAAAGUUUUUUGCUUAUGUAACGUUGUAUAUUUCAGCAGAUGUCCAGUGCAGAGCCUCUGGCGCAGGCUGCUGGUCACUGCCUUGCUCUAGGACACAGUGAUGGUGAUGGAAGAAGGUGUUAGUUGGUCACUGAAUUCAAAUGUGCAAUCAGAUGGUUUUGGCCAAAUAAAUGAUUAGUGACACCCUAUUUUACUCACAGGCACCCCAUUGGUUUCCAAUGAGGAAGAGCAUAUAUUUAAGCGCAUAGAUUUAUAUUCUUUUCUUUGAUGCAAUAAUAAAAGAUAGUAUUUCUUUGUUUACUCUCAUUCUAGUGAAAGUAUGAUGGU